AUGUGUAGUCUAUGUACUGGUUUUAACGAUAAAUAUGAGAAUGGGCCAACGUUUGACGAAGAUGAUUUUUAUCAAUCUAUUCCAGACUUCUCUGAAGAAGAUUGGACUAUUGAAACCAACUUGCAUCAUUUAAACACUAACCACCACCCUAAUCGUAUCACCCCUACAACUCUAUAUGAAUGGAGCUACGUAAACUUCACAUGGAAUAAUCCCGAACAAUACACAGAGGCAAUUAACACAAAAAGAUACAUACCACAAAAUCUUCUCAUUGGAGGCAUUCGAUUUUUCGAAAACGAUAUGUACAUGUCUUUACCGAAGUAUCGUCCAGGAGUUCCAGCAACUUUAACUGUUGUGCCAAAAGCUGAUAGUAAGUCGACGAAUGUUUUGAUGACGCCUUUUCCGAGUUGGGAGAAAAACGAUGAUUCUGAUUGCGAUAAUCUGCAAAAUGUCCUGGGCAUAGAAAUAGAUACUAAAGUGGGAAAAAAACAAGGACACACUGACGGAAUGAUGAUCGACACAGACAACACCCUAUACUACACCUUGAUAGAUCUAUACGGUAUCGGAAAAUGGAACUUUGACGACAAUUUUGAUUCCUCCGAAGUUAUUUAUCGGAACAGAACUUCGCAUUAUUUGGUACUACUGACUUUACUUCUACCUAUAACGAUCUAUGGGGAUCAAAGAUUUCCACGAAAAUCGUUAGGUGCUAGUUGCAGAAAAUCAAUACCCAACAAAGCAUCUUCUGCAUACAUGAAGGAUCAAAUAGCCUAUUCUAAAGAAACUUGUCCGGAUAUCUUGGAUCCCUGCCAUCUAUUGAUCGACACCGAUACUGAUUUUUUCGCAGUGUACUACAACCAUACAAGACCGUACAGUCUAAAACUCAGUAUUUCAUUCAAAACUGCGCUGGGAAUCGAAAAAGUCUUCUUCGAACAAAGCGAAGACAUGUUCAGAGCUUACACGAAGAGUUUGAUUCAAAACGUAAUGCAAUUCGAUGGUAUCAGCUGGCACGCAAAUAUUGACGAGACUGAUUACGAUUUGAUGGUAAACUUCUUGUUUGACAGAUACUCACAUUUCCAUUACAAACUCAAGACCAUACCUGAAGAUGAAAAUCGAAACGUCAUAGAGCUUUGUGUUAAGAGCGAUGGUAGUUUUGAUCCAGCUAAAAUGCUGGUAGUUCAUGUAGCCUAUUAAAUCUAGUUCACUAUGUAUUUUUUUUAUUAUUUAAUAAACACUAAUUAGAUGCUUAAGAAAA